AUGAUCGGCGCAGGGAUAUCGCCCUGCAGCAGUCCUUGUCAGAGGUUGUUGACCUGGGCUGGCUUUGGAGUUUGGCGGGCUGGUCUGUCGGCGGCCACAGAGGGCCUGGAGACAGCUGAGUCCUGUCUCGUCCGUCUCCGGGUAUCUUUGCGUAGAGGCCUCGGGCCCGAGGCCGAAGGAAAUGAGGGUAAAAAACUAGAUGAAGCUGGUGUCGGUACCGGUGCCCAUGGUUUCCGGGUGCGCCCUGAAGCUAGACCUUGUCGACCCAAGCUUCCGUGGGCCGAGUUUGCGUCGCAUCCCUCUCCGUCAACUCAUCUUCUUCGCGGAAGCCAAGCUUGA